AUGCUGGCGAGAUCCUGCUUCCGUGCCCCGCGCGCCCUCAAUGGGCUGCGCAAUGGCGUCGUCAACGUCACGAAGCGUGCUGCUUCCACGAGCGCGGGUGCCGGCGAAGCUUCCGCCAGCCGCCUCAACGUGUCCGCCAUUGCUUCGACCACCAUCGCCGUCGGUUCCAUUGCCUGGUACUAUCACCUCUAUGGGCCCGUGGCUCACGCCAUGACUCCUGCCGAGGAAGGUCUUCACCCUACCAAGUACCCUUGGGUCCACGAGCAGUGGUUCAAGACUUUUGACCACCAGGCUCUUCGCCGUGGUUUCCAGGUCUACCAGGAAGUCUGCGCCAGCUGCCACUCCCUGAGCCGUGUGCCCUACCGUGCGCUUGUUGGCACCGUCCUCACCGUCGACGAGGCCAAGGCUCUCGCCGAAGAGAACGAGUACCCCGGCGAGCCUAACGAGCAGGGCGAGAUCGAGAUGCGCCCUGGUAAGCUCGCCGACUACAUUCCUUCGCCGUACAAGAACGAAGAGGCUGCCCGUUUCGCCAACAACGGUGCCCUUCCCCCUGAUUUGAGCCUGAUCAUUAAGGGUCGCCACGGCGGCUGUAACUACAUCUUCUCGCUGCUUACUGGUUACCCUGAUGAGCCCCCUGCCGGCGCCACCGUCGCCCCGGGCAUGAACUUCAACCCUUACUUCCCCGGUACCGGUAUCGCCAUGGCGCGUGUCCUCUACGACGGCCUCGUUGAGUACGAGGAUGAGACCCCCGCUUCCACCUCGCAGAUGGCCAAGGACGUCGUCGAGUUCCUCAACUGGGCCGCUGAGCCCGAGAUGGACGACCGCAAGAAGAUGGGUAUGAAGGUCCUGGUUGUCACCGCCUCCCUGUGGGCUAUGAGCGUCUGGGUCAAGCGCUACAAGUGGGCUUGGCUCAAGUCGAGAAAGCUCGCCUACGACCCCCCCGCGCCGAGCAAGGUCCGCCGAUAA